UCAGUAACAGACUGUAAGACUGCAGACAUGACUGGCAUGUUGAAGAAAUUUUACCACAUAGUUGCUUUCAGCUGGUAUAUCUUUGUCCUUCAGUCUCUUUAUACAAAACGAAAUUCAGAUAUACCACCUGGGAUAUUUGUCUAUGGCGGACCCUGGAAAUACCUCACAUUUUUAAACCUGGUCUUACAGAUAGUGUUUUUUGGACUGGCAUCUGUGAAUGACCUUCAGCCUGUUGGGAAAGGCUCCAAAAUGUCACUUCUUUGCCUCAGCAAGGACUUUCUCUUUUCUGUAUUUGCGUUUCCAGUGGGAAUGUUUGUAGUUCUGCUGUUUUGGCUGAUUUUUGCCUACGAUCGACAACUGGUCUAUCCAGCUUCGUUGGACAGCCUCUUCCCUCCAUGGAUGAAUCAUGCUAUGCACACUUUUGUUCUCCCAAUCGUGUUUGGCGAGAUCCUGGUGGAGCCACAUAUCUAUCCUAAAACGAAGAAUGGUUUGACUGCUUUGGGAUUUGUUAGUCUUGCUUACUUGGGAUGGGUGGCUUGGGUGUAUUUAACGGUGGGAAUCUGGGUUUACCCUAUACUGGGGCUGUUCAGCAGCUCAGGAUUGACCAUCUUCUUCUUUUUUAACAUGCUUGUGCUGGCGCUGCUGUACUUACUGGGACAAACUUUGAACCGUAAAGUUUGGGGGAAAGAACAUCCAAAAUUUACAAGAACAUGAUCACACAUGAUUCCUGUAAAAGUGUUCUGGUGAAUUAUGAAUAUCUGAUAUGGACCAUUUCCAAGUGAUUUGAGUGGCGUCAGUGCAGAUGUCUGAUGCUGCUCAUUUGUAAUAAGUACACUUGCAUUAUCAUAGUUUUGUGUGUUUUUUUAUCUGUGACCACUUUAUGCUAACGUAAAUGUGAAACUACAAUAUGUAUCUGAUGUUAUAGAGACAUUUCUGGGAACUUGCUGUGAU